AUGUCCAGAAGGCAUCCCCCAACGAGUCCGGACGGACCGACGGCGGCCGAACCGCUUCUUGUUUUCAGAUCCAAACCGUUUGCCAGUUACAUCGCAGGUCGUUGGUCGGCACUUGAGACUGCGAAAGAAAUCCCACGGGGUUUUGUGCACGCACUCCUCCUCGGAGCCGACGACGGCACCGCUCCCGCCUUUGGGGGGCUCAAAUGUGUAACUGCAACAAGCUUCUCGCCGGAUGCCGUCUUGGCGGAGAGAGACCCGCAUGGUCAUGGGGAGCUGCAGCAUAAUAGGAGAACCAGAACGACGACCAGGGUCAGGCCGCCUCCCUGA